GCUUGAAGGUGACGACGUUGGCGUGACGAAGAAUCCUAUGAAAAGUCGAUGUUGAUCGUAAGUGAAGGAAAAUGUAGAGUUUUGCUCUCAUAGACGCAUUCAGGGCAAAUUGGUUUGAGCUACAAAGUCAUCCAGCAGCAGUAAUGGCACCCUGCAGCCUCUUGUUUUGAGCAUCAGCAGCCCCCCAGGAUCAGGGAUGAUCUACCUGGCUCACACAGCACACUGGCAGUUCCUGGGACUUUUGUCCGGGGUCCUGGCAUGGCUCUUCAUCAUGGUAACAUCCGGCAUCAACGAGUGGCGGCUCUGGUACGUGGAGGACGCCACUGUCAUCACCUCAGGCGUGGCCUGGGUGGGAAUCUGGAGGGCGUGCUUCUACAGUCACAUCCUGCCGGACACUGAGAACUGCCAGAGCAUCAGCAUCUCAGACAGCUUCCUCCCACCUGAGAUCCCCUUGGCUCAGGUGCUGAUGAUGCUGGCGGUGAUCUCCGGCCUGGUGGGCAACAUCAGUGCAGCUUUGGCCAUGAGGAUGGCUUACUUCUCGGUGGAGGACCGCAGGAAGAUGAGGACGGUCUUUGUCCUGUCUGGGGCUCUAUAUUUGAUCACAGCAGUGUUCUCCUUGGUGCCUCUGGUGUGGAACAUGACCUCCGUUUUAAAGAACAACACCAUCGACUUUCCUGUAGAGUUCAACCUCCCUGCGGCGCCUAUCAGGCAGAGUGUUGGAGCAGCGAUCGCAGUUGGCAUCAUGGCUUCCAUCCUACUAAUUAUCAGUGGGGUGAUCUUCCUCUGCUACAGGUCCUCAUCGCAGCCCUUGAAGCAAACUGCAGACCCACUUAAUGGUCCGUGGACAGAGACAACACUGCAGAAGAAGGCCGAGCGGCCAAACGCACAGAGCCAAGGGAUGGACAAUCAGGGGUUCCACCGUGAAGAAAACUAAUGAUGCUCUGGCAUCUUAAGGACUUACAUUUCAAGAACACCUUUAUUCAACAGUUCGUCACCUUAUUCAUCACCUCCACAAGAAAAAACUACUAAAACACAACAGCAGCAAGCACAUUUCUGCAGAAAGGGGUCAAAAUCAAGUCAGCUUCUGUCAGUCUAGAUUUUUUUUUUCCAGUGUUAUUUUA